AGUGUUUGACAUUAAUUGUCAAUCAUUUCAGGAACAACAUAAAUUUCAAAAAAUAAAUCAUCCAUUAUAAACCAAAAUUAAAGUAACAAAAUUCUAACUAUGCCUUUAUAAAAUAAAUACAAAUAAAUAAUAUCCAAAUUUACAAGUGAACAGCCUUCGCCAGAAUGGCUCAAGAUAAAGCUGAAAAAGUUAUACCAAUUCCCAAUGGCUAUAAGUUCUUAUUUGGUGGAACUGCAGGUAUGAUGGCUACUUGUUUUGUACAACCUCUUGAUCUUCUUAAAAAUCGUAUGCAAAUGAGCGGAGCAGGCGGAAAAGCAAAAGAAUAUAAUUCAUCCGUACAGGCAUUAAUCUCGAUCAUUCAAAAAGAAGGCGUUUUUACUCUUUAUAAUGGAUUAUCAGCUGGACUAUUAAGACAAGCUACUUAUACCACAACUCGUCUUGGUAUCUAUACUUGGCUAUUCGAUUUAUUUACAUUUGAUGGCAAACCACCAAAUUUUGCAAUAAAAGCUUCCAUAGGAAUGAUAGCUGGAGUGUGUGGAGCUUUUGUAGGAACCCCGGCAGAAGUAGCCCUAAUUAGAAUGACCUCUGAUGGUAGACUUCCACCUGAUAAGCGAAGAAAUUACAAAAGCGUAAUUGAUGCUUUGCUACGAAUCUGGAAAGAGGAGGGAAUAACUACAUGGUGGAAAGGUGCUGUACCUACUAUGGGUAGAGCAUUGGUAGUAAAUGCAGCACAACUCGCAACUUACUCUCAAACAAAGCAGUGGUUAAUAGGAACUGGUCAUUUUCAAGAGGGAAUAAUUUGCCAUUUUUUUGCCUCUAUGAUUGCAGGUUUAAUUACCACCGCAGCCAGUUUACCAGUCGACAUAAUCAAAACCAGAAUUCAAAACGCCAAAGCCGCCGCAGGACAAAAACAACCUGCCUUAUUCGACGUACUUACUGUUAUUAUCAAAGAUGAAGGAAUUUUAGCCCUCUGGAAGGGAUUUAUGCCCUAUUACUUCAGAUUGGGCCCACACACUGUGCUAACGUUUAUAUUUUUGGAACAGUUUAACUCCGCCUAUAGAAGACUGCAUCGACACGAUAACAAUUGAAGGUUUUAUGUCGCAGUGCCGUGAGUUUAUCAUAUGUUAUCAAAGAAAAACCGAAUCAAAGACUCCAGUGAAGGACUUUAGAAAGAAGCUUUAAAAAGUACAUGGAUUGGGGAAACAGUGUGUAACUUUAUCGAAUUUUUGUAAUUUAUAUGUUGAAAUGUAUUUUUUGUAAAACUAAAAAACGUAAAUCUUUACAAGUA